AUUCCCCAGCACGGAAGCUUACUCACCACAUUUCUCUAUGCGCCACUUGCGGGCCUUCUUUUCUCCUGCGGACUAAUAUCACCACCUUCCUCGCUUCCAAGUGAUCAACUAGCUUCUUCACCUCAUCCAAAUUGUGUGCCUAACCCUCUCAUCAACCUUCCUUUAUCUGAAAUCGAAGAGCCAGUUACAUCCCACUCCAAAAAGCUCAAUUCCCAACAUUUCCUUUCGCAUAAGACUGUAGAACACGUGCAGGACCCUGUUGAAGCAUCGAGCCUCGAGGUGUUGGCGCAUGGAGUUUCUUACAAGCGACGCUCUCAAUUAACUGAUCUAUUGACUUCACAAACCAAUAUGCCUCUCGAGCCUCAGGGAGACUUAUUGAGACCCAUGAUAGAUGAUAUACCCUCGAUCACUACAUCCAAUAGCUCCUAUUCGACCCCAGUUUCAACUCCUUCCACCUCCAGAAUAGCAAUUACCUUGCCACCAUCAGAUCUUCCUGUUUCUAUUCCUCCACCUCCACCUCAUCCCCCGCCUCAUCCUCCACCUUUUACCAACUAUUUAUCUGCUACGUUGGCCGGCCAACGAUUACGCUACCUUAUGACGCUCUGGAUGCAACGCGCUUUACACCUCAUUUUAGCCUGGCUUUCCCAACCCCAUUCUAAGGUCAUUCGACCCAACACCGAAGAAAAUCCACAGAAUCCGAUUCUAGGUGGUUUGGCAGCCAAAGCAGCCCAUGCUCCUACCUCCUCUUCGGAUGUGUUGUUACGUGCAUUUCGCGAAGAGCCACUUCUCCGUGCACUUUUGUUGCGUCUUAUUUUCGCUCAGUUCUCCCUGCAGUGA